AUUUAGAAAAUUAAUCUUCUUAUAUCCCAAAAUUUAUAUAAAGUUUGUCAAUUACAAGAAAGAAAAAAAAUAGUAUUCGUUCUUAUGGUAGUGAGAUCCAACGCGCCGUCGGACUUCCAUAUAGCUCCAAAGUCAGAAACUUCAAAUUCACCUCCAACCUCCGUUGCUUCUUCACUUCAACCGCCUCAAAACUCCUUUGCUCCGACCGGGCCGCCGCCGGCAACAGAAGGUUUUUCCACCGGACAAAUGAAGAAGAAACGUGGACGCCCUAGGAAGUACGGACACGACGGAGCGGCGGUGACGUUAUCGCCGAAUCCAAUAUCUUCAGCCGCACCAACGAGUUCUCACGUCAUCGACUUCUCGGCAGCUGGGAAACGUGGCAGAGUGAAACCAGCAACUGAAAGCUCCUUUGUCAGGACAAAGUACCAAGUCGAGAACUUAGGUGAAUGGGCUCCUUCCUCUGCCGGCGCUAAUUUCACGCCGCAUAUAAUUACGGUCAACGCAGGCGAGGACGUAACGAAGAGGAUAAUAUCGUUUUCUCAACAAGGGUCUCUCGCUAUUUGCGUUCUCUGUGCUAACGGUGUCGUUUCAAGUGUUACAAUUCGUCAGCCUGAUUCACGUGGUGGUACAUUGACAUACGAGGGUCGAUAUGAGAUACUAUCACUGUCGGGAUCAUUCAAGCCAAUCGACUCGGACAGGACACGGAGCAGAACAGGUGGAAUGACAGUGUCAUUAGCUAGUCCUGAUGGACGUGUAGUAGGAGGUGGAGUCGCUGGCUUGCUGGUUGCAGCCACUCCUAUCCAGGUGGUAGUAGGAAGUUUCAUAGCUGGAACAAACCAGCAACAUCAGAAUCCAAGGAAUCAAAACCACAGCUUCACGCCGUCUCCAAUACCAACCAUUCGUCCCACGUCAUCUUCUCUUCAGAUGGACACCACCUCUAGCUUCUAAUCCACAACACAAGCCCUCUCAUGACUUUAACUUGACCUCUUCCUUACGGAGCAGUCAUGGAUCCUCUCUGUAUUUCGGUUUAGGCUUUAUGUUGGUUUUGUAACUUAGGAUUGUUUUUCCAACUUUUUUUAUUCGGUUUCUUGAAUGUAGUAAUAGAAGUUGAAUCAAUGAUUUGAACCUUCAACCCA